GCAGCAACGUCUUACGAUGUAUUUCUACAAAAUAAUUUUGAUUUUAGUCAUUACAGUGGCAGCUGCACAUGGCCAAGAAGAAAACGAUGAACUAAAAUGUCCAGAAGGGUAUUGUGUUUCAAAAUUUCUGUGCCCCAACUCUACGUACAUAGAUGAUCCGAAGGAAGCUCAAAACAGUCUUUUGGUAGGACUGCGUAUGGGUCUGGAUAUUGAUGAUGUGGACACGUGCGAAAAUUACUUUCUCAAGUGUUGCAAAACUGCGCCGGUACCACCAACAGCAAUCGACAAUGCAGACAGCGAGGAACUUACCGUACCGCCACCAUCUAACACGGAGUGUGGACAGUUUAAUGAAAAAGGAUUAAUCUACGAGUUGCACAACAACAAUUCGUUGGCGCAAUACGCAGAAUUCCCUUGGGUUGUGUACAUUUUUACUAAUGAGAAGCAGCCUGCAUCGUCUUCUUCUUCAAAUUUUGUAGCCGGAGGCGCCCUUAUCCAUCCUCGCUUUGUAGUGACUUCGGCGCAUAAUCCGGACGGAAAGAAAAAUUUAUUUGCACGUUUCGGGGAGUGGGAUAUUGGGACGACCAAGGAACCAUUCCCGCAAAAGGAAAUUCGAGUAAUGGAGAUAACAAAACAUCCCAAUUAUGUGAAUAAUCCCAUACAAAAUGAUAUUGCGCUUCUGUUACUAGCAGAAAAUGUGCGAUAUCAACCGAACAUUCUGCCAAUUUGUUUGCCGGAACCAAGUGAUGUAUUCGAAGGAGCACGUUGUAUUUCGAACGGCUGGGGCAAGGAACGUGGAGUUUUUGCGAAUGUUAUGAAAAAGAUUACAGUGCCAGUCAUUUCACGUUCGAAUUGUACCCGUAUGCUACGCUUUGCCGGUCUGGGACCUUUCUUUAGGUUACGAGAUGGUUUCAUGUGCGCUGGUGGGGAAGCAAACGUCGACAUGUGUAAAGGAGAUGGCGGUUCUCCAUUAGCCUGCCAGUCUUCCACCGGUAGUUUUGUGUUGGCUGGAAUUGUAUCUUGGGGCAUUGGUUGUGGAGGAUAUGAUGUUCCUGGCGUAUAUGUUUCAGUUGCUAAUUAUGUGAGCUGGAUUAACGAAAGAAUUGUUGAAUACUCAUUGGAUAAUGACAUGAUUUUAAACACCGUUAUCAACGGUUGCAACUGUCAGUUAGGAUUCAUCACGCAGCUCCCCAUAUCAAGAUCAGUGUAUUCUAGUUCGUCGAUCCAAACGCUACUGCUUUUACACUUCGUCAUGUAUUGGCGGUUAUUUUUGAUACUUUGCAUUCACUCAAUUCCAAGCCAGACAAACGCGCAAUCGGACGAGCUAUACGAAUGUCCCGGAGGAUACUGUGCACCGAAAUUUUUGUGCCCGAACGGAGUGUACGACGAAAGUCUCGCUCAGAAUAAAGAAGUUGUUAAGCUCCGAUUUGGAGAAGACGAUGAAUGUUUGGACUAUAUGCUAGUAUGUUGCUCAAAUGCAAGCAAUAUUCGAAAGAUGUCCAUCGAUGAAAGUGACCCAUCUGACUAUACGUGCGGAGUAAGCAAUCCUGGAGGAUUAGCUUAUCAACUCGAGGGAAACCGCUCGUACGCUAGUUAUGGGGAAUUCCCAUGGGUAGCGGCCAUUUUUUCAACCUUCAGCAUUUCAAAUGUACCAUCAUUUGAGUACUUAGGAGGUGGAUCGUUAAUACAUCCCAAAUUUGUUGUGACUGCGGCACAUAUUCUAAAAACGAAAGAUAAUCUCGUCGCAUCGUUUGGAGACUGGGACAUACAACGAGACGAGAACAUAUAUUCGAAACAGAAAAUCAAUAUUGAUCGGAACAUUAUAAUUCAUCCUGAGUACACCAGCAUCGGGUUCUUGAACGAUAUUGCGUUAUUGAGGCUACAAGAACAAGUAGUUUAUCAGAAACACAUUCGACCCAUUUGUUUGCCUGAGCCCUCCGAUGUUUUCGAUGGCCAACUGUGCACGUCCACCGGAUGGGGCAUGGAAGCCCACACCAGGAAAUAUGCGAAUGUUUUGAAACGAGUUGAUCUUCCUGUUGUUUCACGACAAACAUGCAAGCAACAGUUUGCGGCGACACGGCUUGGCCCCUUUUUCCGAUUGCAUAAAAGCUUUUUGUGCGCCGGUGGUGAAGCUGGUGCUGACACGUGCGACGGUGAUGGCGGUUCUGCACUGGCCUGCCCGACUUCUUCUGGAUCUUAUGUUUUAGCUGGAAUUGUUUCCUGGGGUCUUGGUUGUCUUCAGCAGGACGUUCCGGGUGCAUAUGUGAAUGUAGCUAAAUUUGCCUCGUGGAUAAACUCCGUCAUUGGAGAAUCUGAACAAUAA